GUUUUGAAAUGACUUAAAUCAAAGUGUGAAAAAAAAUAAAAUAAAAUAAAAUGAAAUUUAAAAUAAAAUAAAAUAAAAUAAAAUAAAAUAAAAUAAAAUAAAAUAAAAUAAAAUAAAAUAAAAUAAAAUAAAAUAAAAUAAAAUAAAAUAAAAUAAAAUAAAAUAAAAUAAAACUGAGUCAUGACUUAUUGGCCAGUUGACAACCCCUGAUAUGAAGGAAUCAUGGUAUUAUUUUGUUGAUAGUCACAUUGUCCAAUAAAAAUGAUCCACAUAAAUACUUAAAAUGUGUUUUAAGUUUUAACCUCCCGUAUUUUGCCCACUGCACCAAAUAAUUUCCCUUAUCAUCAACAAAUUAACAACAAAAAUCACAAAACUAUGAAAUUAUCCUGAAAAGUACAUGUAAUCCUAUCUUUGUAUUUACUUGUAGUAUCGCCCAUUAUGGGCAUUCAUUGAAUAUUAAAAAAAAAAAAAAAAUGGUUGAAAUGUGGGCCGUUUUAAGUGAAAAAAAGCUUGCUGACGAUUGGCCACCAAAGGAGGGGAGGGGGGGCAAUACAGAGACGCUGAUAAAUGCCCAAGUUUCAUGGGCUCCCCUCAAGCCGUCGAAGACACACUCCGCCGCCGCUUCCACCCACGCCAAAAUUUACAGAAGUUUAAAGUUCCUUUUUUUUUUUUUCAUUACCAAACAAAUUCCAUUUGUAUUAUAGACAACCCAUCUUGAAGGCCUCGCCGACUCGGGUCCGGGUCACAACAGUUCUAAGCCGUACAAUCAUAGACACAGAUGGAUGGUUUCGGUUAUCGUUGAGCGAGAGGAAAUUUGGAAAUAUUGUGCAAUGGUGCUGCAAAAAUUUUGAAAGGUUGUGAGAGCAUUUUUGGUCCGCAAAAAGCUUGGUCGAGCGGGUCGUUUUCGGAAAAGAAGCAUCCAUGUUGCAUCCCUACAGAAUGGAGAGCUACCUCAUACCGCCUCCCACGGAGGAAAUCUUUGAUCCAGAGAUGUACAGACAAAUUCCAGAAUAUUAUAGUCCAUAUAUUCUGGAUGCUGACAUGCAGGCAGAUCACUGGGACUAUCGAACUCACCCUCACGUACACCCGGUGGAGUUUGAAACCCUCCAAGAAACCAACUUCACGGAGCUGCAGAGCGUCCAAUCGCUGCACCCGACCGCCCACAUCAGACACGACGCCAUGCGUUACGAUGCCGAAAAUCUACUGGAUCCAAAUCUUGGGGCGCAUUCGCAUAUGUUACAACAACCCGUAACGUUCUUCCCACGGACCGUGUAUGCAACACACGUGUCCCAACGCAGCACCGACGAUGAGGAGCAUGGAGGUCAGAGUCCGCCCCUGGAGGUGUCUGACGAGGAGUGUCUCCGAGACCAACACCCUUACAUCCCACCUGGAGAUCUGGGCAACAAAAAAAAGAUCCGCUUGUACCAGUUCCUGCUGGACCUUCUACGGAACGGCGACAUGAAGGACAGCAUCUGGUGGGUGGACCGAGACAAAGGAACCUUCCAGUUUUCGUCCAAACACAAGGAGGCUCUCGCCCACCGUUGGGGAGUCCAGAAGGGGAACCGCAAAAAAAUGACCUAUCAGAAGAUGGCACGGGCUUUGCGUAACUACGGCAAAACCGGAGAAGUGAAAAAGAUCAAGAAGAAACUGACGUACCAGUUCAGCGACGAGGUGCUCGGGAAGACCCAUUUGGAAAGAAAACCGUACAUGUAAACCGACCCAAAGACUGAAUCAUGACUCCUGCUCAAAGUUAGCAUUCCUUGUAAAUAGCAUUAAGAAGGGAAUCAAACAGUUGCCGUUUUAUCCAACAGUUCUUUCCCACAGCUUACACAUACACUUAAUACUUCCUUCAGUACACUUAAUCCCAAAUCCCGAAUCCCAAAUCCGUUACGAUGUGAAAAUGUUGCAAUAUUCAUUCGCGUCCCCGUUUUCUACGAUGACUGAGGGGUCCAUGUCUGCAGCCCAAGUCCACCAAAUCAGAAUCAAGACCGCUAGACAUUGAGCAAAACCGACUCAUGGGUACUCGACGGGGGACUCAAGUUUCACUGACUCACAAGUAGUCCAAGAGGACUUGAGUUUCACUGAAAAUUGUCCACUCGACACACACAGGUUUCACUGACUUACGGGUACUUGACAGGGACUUCAGUUUCACUGACUCACAAGUACUCGACGGGGACUCAAGUUUCACUGACUCACAAGUACUCGACGGGGACUCAAGUUUCACUGACUCACAAGUACUCGACGGGGACUUGAGUUUCACUGACUCACAAGUACUCGAUGGGGAUUCAAGUUUCACUGACUCACAAGUACUCAACGUGGACUUGAGUUUCACUGACUCACAAGUACUCGACGGGGACUUCAGUUUCACUGACUCACAAGUACUUGAUGAGGACUCAAGUUUCACUGACUCACAGGUACUCAACAGGGACUUGAGUUUCACUGACUCACAACUACUCGAUGGGAACUUGAGUUUCACUGACUCACAAGUAUUCCAAGAGGACUUGAGUUUCACUGAAAAUCGUCCACUCGACACACACGUUUCACUGACUUACGGGUACUCGACGGGGACUUCAGUUUCACUGACUCACGAGUACUCGAUGAGGACUCAAGUUUCACUGACUCACAAGUGUUCCAAGAGGACUUGAGUUUCAAAAUCGCGCACUCGACAGACUCAUGUUUCACUUACUCACAGGUACUCGACGGGGACUUCAGUUUCACUGACUCACGAGUACUCGAUGAGGACUCAAGUUUCACUGACUCGCAAGUGUUCCAAGAGGAAUUGAGUUUCACUGAAAAUCUUGCACUUGACAGACUCAUGUUUCACUGACUCACAGGUACUCGACGGGGACUCAAGUUUCACUGACUCAGAAGUCCUCCACGGGGACUUGAGUUUCACUGACUCACGAGUAGUCGAUGGGGACUUGAGUUUCACUGAAAAUCUUGCACUUGACAGACUCAUGUUUCACUGACUCACAGGUACUCGACGGGGACUCAAGUUUCACUGACUCACAAGUACUCCAUGCGGACUCGAGUUUUACUGACUCACAAGUACUCAACGGGGACUCAAGUUUCACAGAGUCAUGAGUGAAACUCAAGUCCCCGUCAAUUUUCACCGACUCGCAGGCACUCAAUUUUGACUCGAGUUUCACAAACUCAAGGGUACUGAUGACGACUCGCAUUUCAGUGACUCAUAGGUACUCGGCGAAGCUCAGGUUUCACUGACUAGUGGGUACUUAAACGGGACUCUAGUUUCACCGACUCAUGGGUACCCAAAUGGGACUCAAGUUUCACUGACUCAAGGGUACUUCGAUGAAGACUUGCAUUUCAGUGACUCGUAGGUUUUUACCAACUCACGGGUAUUUGAUGAAGACUCGAGUUUCAUUGACUCACGGUACACUGAGAAGAGUUCCACCGACUCUUGGGGACUCCAAGAGGAUUUGAGCUUCACUGAGUCACGGUACUUGGCAAAAACUGGACAAGAACUCCAGUUUCCCAAUUUGAUUGAUUGAGUCAGUACUUUUUCAAGUUGCCAUGGUGUCGAACAAGUCGACCAAUCGUUGCUUCUCGUCAUGGUAACCUUUGCAUGUAUAUAUUUUGAUGCCAUAUUUAAUGUUAUCAAGGCCAGCAGACAUACGUUUAUUUUGUUAACAUUGUCUGUUAACAACAGACUCUGUUCGAUUCCAGCAAUCAUUUCUGUAAA